GUUCUGGGAAAACAGGACGUUUAGUCACCCUACUCCUACCCCUAUUGAGUGAAAAGGAAGUUGCGCAUGAAUUGUAUCUAGACUUGUUUGCAGUAGAAACUGUGCAAGGCUUUGACACUGCACACCCAAAAAUACCGAAAUUAUAUUUUUACAGGUGUUUCAUUCUCCUCCUGGAACCAAGAAAUUCAGUUUGCCAUUCAGAACAUGGAAAAUCAAGACCCUGCUGUUGUUGAUGCAAUAAAGGAAUCGGGCGAGUCCACUCUGGAAAAGGCUAAAACAAAAGCUAAAACCAAAUUUGACCAGUUUGUUGAUGUCUCACUUAACAUCGCUGUGACUGGCAAGACAGGAUCAGGAAAAUCCUCCUUUGUAAAUGCACUUAGAGGUCUAGAGGAUGAAGAUGAUAGAGCAGCACCUACUGGAGUCACAGAAACUACAAUGGAGCCCACCAUGUAUGAACAUCCUGAAAUGCCAAAUGUGAAGAUCUGGGACCUGCCUGGAAUAGGAAGCCCAAACUUCAAAGCAAAAAAAUACCUGAACGAUGUCAAUUUUAACACCUAUGAUUUCUUCAUUAUCCUUAACUCAGAGAGGUUCAUGGAGAAUGACAUCAUGCUAGCUAAAGAAAUAAGAAAACGGAAGAAAAGGUUUUAUUUUGUUCGUUCCAAGAUUGACAAUGACAUGUCUUCAGAGAAAAAGAAAAAAGGAUUUGAUGAGCAGAAGGUUCUUUCCAUAAUAAGAGAGGAUUGUCAGAAAAACCUGAAAGAACUGGGAGACCCCAAAGUUUUCUUGAUAUCAUCUUGUGAUUUGGAGGAAUAUGAUUUUGAAUCGCUUCAAAACACUCUCGAAGAUGAGCUUCCAGAACACAAGAAGUAUGCUCUUCUACAAGCCUGGCCAGUGUGUUCUGCUGCAUCUCUUGAGAAGAAGAUCAAUAUGUUUAAACGGAUGACCUGGGCUGCAUCUCUUGUCUCUGCUGGUGUAGCAGUUGUCCCUGUGCCAGGCCUAUCAGCAGCAUGUGAUGUAGGCAUGGUCGUGCUUUUCCUCACAAGGUGCUACUAUGCAUUUGGUUUGGAUGAAAGAUCACUGACAAGGCUUUCAGAAAAAGUUAACAAGCCCCACCUGAAAUAUUUGGCCAAAUCUAAAUUUGUUACUGCCAUCCGAGAAAAAGCACUGACCAGAUUGCAAGCGUCUGCUGCGCUCGCUGCCAUUUCUACUGUUGAAUAUUUUUUGAGUCUCCUUCCAGGUGUAGGGAGUGCUGCUGCUGCAGGAAUAUCCUUCGCUACCACUCAAUACCUCUUGAGAGAAGGAGUAAAUGAUCUGGCAGAUACGGCUCGAGUAAUCAGAAAAGAAGCUGGGCUUGCUUCUGUUCAUUGAUCUAUGUCUAAUAGAGCAUGUAAGCAUUUUCUGCCUCCGAGUAAAUCAGAUGAUGUAUAUUAAGAUUGUGUGCUGAUAUUGAGUUCAGCAACAACAACAAAAAACCUGUCUUCAUAAUAUUAAAAGAAUCUCUGCUAAUGUCCAAGCAAACUAUAUACUGGACUAUGUGAUCACUUUAAAUUUUUUAUUUAAUCCAUUGCUAUAUUUUCCUAUUACUUUUAUUGUUUUUUUUCAGUCUAAUUUACAAUCAUCUGUUUCAUACAUUAUUAAAAAAACUUUUAAUUGGAUUUUAACUUUUAAAUUUAGCUUCUCAUUUUCACUGAUGAAAUCUGGAUUUUUUUUUUUUUCAAUAUCACAUAUAACCAUGUAUAAUGUCUCAUACAUAAAACACUUUUUGUAUUU